AAAGAAAAAAAAAGAAAAAGCAGCAAGAAAAGCGAAAACCAAAAAUGAUCCCUGACACUCACAGAAAUAGGAAAAAGAAAGGCUGAACAAACAGGUUGUGUUAAGUUAAAAGAGUGCGAGACUGUCAGACUAUUUCCGCGAGCCAAAACAUGGAGACUUGAUCUUUACAAGGGAGCUGAGAUUUUAUGCUGACUGAACAACAGCAUUUGUCUUUUUUUUUUUUUUUUUUUUUACCAGACAUGUAUCCAUUUAUCUUGCGUGUGAUCAGCUGCCUGUGUAUCUUUCAGGGAGGUGUUUUUUCUGAAGAAUGCAGUCAGGGUGCACUCGGAAAACGUGAGACAUUCUUCGUGCCUGCAGGGGGCAGCUUGUCUCUGUCCUGUGUGGUUCAACACUGUGGAGGCAACUGGACAGGCAACUGGUUGAAGAUGUGGGAAAAUUCCACUUCAACCACUGUUGAAAACAGCGCAAGGCACCGUUUCACCAUUGCCCCAGUCAGUGCCAAUCGAAGCGAACUACUUUUAAAGAUUUUGAGUGUUAGACAGUCAGAUGAAGGGUUGUACACAUGCAAUGUGAAAUGGAGUGAUGGAAGCAAUGCUGUAAGCCAUUGGAAGCAAGUGAAUGUCACAAAAGGUGUUGCCUCUCAGAGAAAACUCUUACACAGGGUUCUGGUCUGCACUGGCGCCUUUCUUUGCCUUCCUGUCAUUUUGGGAUUGGCUCGCUGCCUGAGUUCAGAGGUUAAGCAACAGCCACAUCCCAGGAUAGAGGUCUUUCAUGCAGAUGGACAUAGAGAUGGAUCACAUCAGCCUCCACAGCCUCCACCCCGACGCCCAGUACCAAAGAAACGCACUGCUCCUCCUCACAAAGCUCUGUCACCAUCCCAGCAAAAGCCAGAGCUGCUGUACGCAGACAUUUCUCAGGAUGCCCUGAUGAAUCAAAAGGGUCCGAGAGAGCCAGUUCAACCCACCGUCUACUCAUCUGUCAGGUUUUCCUGACAGCAGAAGACAGAAGACGGAGAUAUGGAGCAGUCGGGUCCAAAUGUCUGUGGUAUAUCCCAUUUAUUUGGGCCUUCAUCUAUUUCUCCAGUUCUUGUUCUGUAUUGGACACAAGUUCAGUGAUUCAGUGUCUUUGAGCCAUCACCAAGGUCCUGGCAUCAUUCUGGUUGGAUGCAAAACUUUCCAUUAGAGGUGAUAACGUGUUUAAAUGGAGAUGGGUUUUCUUGCACUUUUUAUCAUGUCAUAUAAGGGCUAUUCAAGAAGCUCAGUAUCAGCCUACUGUGUACAUUACAAAAGCAGUUUGGUUGGGUGUUUAGGAUUAUUGUCCUAUCAUAACUAAUGUGCACAGGUUUGUCGUUUUGAGGGAAAGUUGAAUAACCUCGCGGUAAUUUUUAAUUUUUAUUACUUCCAAUCAGCUUAGUUUUAUUUAUAGAGUGCCGAUUCACACCAAAUGAAUCAUCCUGAGGCGUUUUUAUUAAAAACAAACGUUUACUUUGUUCUAGUGAUCAAGCAGUACGUUAAGCUCAGUUAAUUAUUCUAAGUAGUUUAAAAAGUUUCUAAGGAAACCGAGCAGAUUGCAUUGAGUCAUCAAUUUAAAACGUUCACUCCACAUGGAGGGGCUGGCAUCGAGUCGUUGACUUUACAGCAAUCCCUCCUACAGAGGAUGCACGUAGAAGCACAUAGCAGAACCUGGAUCAGUACAAGCAGCCAUCGGCCUCGACCGACUGGGGGUUCGACAGAGCAGAAUGCACAAGAAGAAACUAAUGAAAUGAUGUUGGAUUAUUUUUAAUAUUCAUUAUUUCAUCAACUUCUUGCAAUCUACAAUGUGAGAGAAACAGACUGCCACCCCCAUGGUUGAGGCCUGGUAUGGUGUAGUUAGGCUUAAAGCCCCUACUAUGACUGAUCUGAAUGUUCAUCUUGGCAUUAUGUUCAAAUAUUCAGUGCGUGUUGAUGUUGAACUUGUUUUUCUGUGAAUAGUGACACUGGUGUCUUUAUGGUAGCGUGUUGGUUAUCCCCAAGUUGUUAUUGAACAUCCUAACCAACUGAUUUUUAUCUGAGGGUGAAAGUUCGACUCUUAUCUACUUCCAACAAUUAAUAAAAGUGUAUUUUAUAAAUUAUGCGUUUUGUGUGGACACCUUACAAAAAGUAAAAAAAAAAAAAAAAAAAAAAAAAAACCCACAUAUGGCACAAAAUACAACAUUUUAUUGUAGAAUAAAUUCUCAGUGGCACAUUACAUAACCAAAUAUACAUAUACGUUAUUUAGACAUCUCUUAAAUUAAUAUAUUUUCAUUUUAUAAUUUUACUUUAAUUAAUUAGCAUAUUCUGCAGUGAUUUGUUUGUACAUGACAUCAAUGCAAAAGAAGUUAAUAUAAUAAAUUAAGCAUGUCAACAGAGAAAAAAGGUUGCAGGACAUUUUUGGGCAAUACAGUUACAAACAAAACGAUAAACAGAACUUCCUGUUUCUUCUGUCCCUACGCUCCUUGCACGAGGUAAUUGGUGGCCUAUCCCAUUUCAAAAUGAUGCGCUAGCCUAGGUAUCUGAAAACUACAUUUCAAGUAACUUCAUCCAGAGCAACUUCCCAAGACGUUAAAACUCAAUAAACGAGGACAUUUGCAAUGCGUGUGAACUUUGAAACUUCAGUUUGCUAAGCCGUCUUCAACUUCACCAACAGUUUCCUGUGCAGUAAAACACGAUGUUCAUUCAAACGCUUUCUAGUUUGGUCACACUAAACACACAGAAGUCAAUGCUGAAGUCUAAUGCUAAUGUUAAUAUGUUGACAGCCAGCUGACAAUCACAGAAGAUUCAUGGCCCCGUUGUGCUUGAGAGAAACUAUCGUUGCAAAUUUAAGCGUUUGAAACCAUAGCUACCAUGGCAUUAAACGCAAAUGACAAGACUGUAAUUAACAUUAAGAGUAACUUCUAUAAAAGGUGGUUCAAAGGCCUGGUGGGGCAUAUUUUUCAAGUCGUCUUCAUCGAUUCUCUCACUGGCAAACUUCCCUGCUAAAAAAAA